AUGUCUGCCGAACCCUCCUUGGAGCCUGCUGACACUCAUGGAAGCGGCGACAAUAUCGAGAAGCUACCGUCAAUAUCGCAUGCAGAGACCAGUAGCAUGUCGUUAGACCAGUCAGUGCGGACGUUUCGCCUUUUUGAGAUCUUACGGAGCGGAGACACCACUGCGAUUUCAAAAGCCACCAGGGAUACUAGUGAACCGCAGGGAGCGGGCACCCUCUCUGGCACCACGAUUCUCCAUCUUGCGAUCCAGUGUGCUGAACCGCAGGUUGUCGAGUUCGUCUUGUCCGCCGGCGAGAACCUCGAUAUCAAUGCACGCGAUCGAGAGGGCAACACACCACUUCAUUUGGCCGCUCAGCUUGGACGGGGCCCUGUGAUCCGUGACCUGCUGAAUCGGCCCUCGCUCAAUGAUGCCAUUGUCAACUAUCGCGGUCAGACGGCUCUCGACGUCGCACGCACCCCGGAGAUUUUCCAGCAACUCCAGCUUGCUCGAUCACUGUUCAUUGACGCCAAGACCCAAGAAAUCCAGGCUCUCGUUUCUCAGGGAGAGUAUGACAAGCUGGAGAAGGUACUUGAAGAGCCCCGCGUUGAAGGGAUCAUGGACGUCAACAGUCUUGACCUGGUAACGGAUCCCGUUACUGCCCAGUCCGGGGGCACCUUAUUGCACGAAGGGGCAAGGAAAAAAGAUACACAGUUGAUCCAAAUCUUGCUGAUGCAUGGGGCGGAUCCCUUCCGUCGUGACAAGAAAGGUAAGUUGCCGCAGGAUGUUACUAAAGAUGACAAGACCCGUGCGAUUGUCAAGAAAUCCCCGGCGGCGGUCAUCGCACAGCGUGGUAUUCAGGAAAAAGCCAUUCUUGGCACCAACGCAGCCCAAGGUGUUCCUGGCCGCUCGAGCGGAGGUGAAGCGCCUUUCGCCGGCAAGGAAGCCCGGGAAAUGAGGGGCUAUCUGAAAAAAUGGACGAAUUAUACGAGCGGCUAUAAAUUACGAUGGUUUGUAUUAGAAGACGGCGUGCUCAGCUAUUACAAACACCAAGAUGAUGCGGGCUCCGCCUGUCGAGGCGCGAUCAACAUGAAGAUUGCUAGACUCAAUAUGGAUGCCCAGGACAAGACCCGAUUCGAGAUACAUGGAAAAUCAUCCGUCAAAUAUCACCUUAAGGCAAACCAUGUUGUCGAGGCAAAGCGUUGGUUCUGGACUUUGAAUAAUGCCAUCCAAUGGGCCAAGGACGAAGCGAAAGAGGAAGAGAGGCGCCAGUCGAGGCAUGCAGAAGUGCUUCGUCAAGCAAAAAUCGACCAGGUGGAAGGACGACAGUCCGAUACCCUCUCUGAAUCUCCAAGCUCAGCCGUUGCGAAAUCGAGCGCGAAGAGCCUUGCACCGCCGUCUACUAAUGUACCGAGUACCAGCGGAACACGGCUCAGCACGUAUGCGUCUCACACAACGUCAGGAAGCGCUCACGAAGAUGAGGAAGGCUCAAUGUACGGGUCAUUGGAGCAUGGCGCUCCGCCAAACGAAGUCAGCCGAGUGCUGAGCCAUGUAACAACGGCUCCCGAUAUCGACGGCGAUGACGAUGAGGGCGAUUAUGCGUCCAGUCAUGAUGUGCCACCCACAGACAAAGAUGCUUUGAAUAUAACUGCCCAGUCGACGAAACUUCAGCUUGACAUCCUUGCCAAUGUCGCAUCUUCUCUCCAAGCACAAAAAUCUAAGGAUCCUGGCACAUCACUCUCGGACCCGGCGGUUGAUCAAGCUUUAGUCGCUUAUCAGGCAGCCGUAAGCAGUUUGCAGGGCUUGGUGCAAAGUCUCCUAAAGAUAUCCAGGGACCGCGAUGCAUAUUGGCAGUAUCGCCUGAAUAGAGAGGCAUAUCUACGCAAAAUGUGGGAAGAAAGUAUGGCAAGGAUCGCUCAGGAACAUGAAGAGCUCCAGUCACGGAUGGGCGAGUCCGAGGAAAAACGUAAGCGUACCAAACGGGCGCUCAAGGAAGCGUUGGAGUCAACAGCUACGAACCGUGCAGUUAGAAAAGAUUCGUUUCGCGGGCAGGUCGCCCGUGAAGAAUUUGGCGAUGCUGAAAGCGAAGCCAUAGGGCUGGAGGCGGCAGGGGGCCCGUCACAGCUUGAAGAGCAGGAUACAGGAAGCGCUCUCCGUCACAAGAAGUCGGUCAUGUCCCAUAUCAGCAAUCUCUGUGACUCGGAGACCGAUGACGAAGACGAGUUCUUUGAUGCCAUUGAUUCUGGGGAGAUUGAGGUGGAGACACUUGUUGGCUCAGAAAAUGAUGGGCAAAAAUCCCUGGAGGAGAGCAGUGAGCCCCGAUUCGCGAAGAGAUCGGAAAUUGUCCCUUCGUUCAAGGGGUAUGAAGAGCCUGUCCGGCAUAGACUCAAGAUGGACUACGAUAAUCGACCGAAAAUUUCACUCUGGGGUAUCUUGAAGUCGAUGAUCGGCAAAGAUAUGACGAAAAUGACUCUCCCGGUUUCUUUCAAUGAGCCGACAUCCCUGCUUCAACGCGUGGCCGAGGACUUGGAGUACGCAGAUCUACUUGACAUCGCGGCCGACCGACCCGACUCGAUGGAACGUUUGGUGUAUGUCGCCGCGUAUGCCGCGAGCGAAUACGCAUCAACGAUAGGCCGUGUGGCUAAACCGUUCAAUCCUCUUUUGGGGGAGACGUUCGAGUAUGCGCGGCCAGAUAAAGGUUAUCGGUUCUUCGUCGAACAAGUCAGCCAUCAUCCACCAAUCGGUGCUGCCUGGGCCGAGUCGGCGAAGUGGGACUACUAUGGCGAGUCCGCUCUCAAGUCCAAGUUCUACGGAAAAUCCUUUGACAUCAAUCUCUUAGGGACUUGGUUUCUUAGGUUACGGCCUGCAUCGGGGGGAGAGGAGCUGUAUACCUGGAAGAAGGUUACAUCAUCCGUUAUUGGCAUCAUCACCGGUAGUCCCACAGUUGACAAUUAUGGUUUGAUGGAAAUUAAGAACUGGACCACGGGCGAAAUAUGCUACUUGGAUUUCAAACCCAGAGGUUGGAAGGCUGCGUCCGCAUACCAGGUAAGUGGCAAGGUCGUGGACCGUGAUGGGUCACCCAAGUGGAGUAUUGGCGGCCGAUGGAAUGACAAGAUCUACGCGCGCCAUACCCCGGGGUUCGAGGCGCCAGUAUCUGGUCAGGAUCCCGAAUCGGCCAAGACGAUUUUGGUCUGGCAAUGCCACGCUCGACCGAGCGGGAUCCCAUUUAACCUGACCCCUUUCGUCAUCACGUUGAACGCCCUACCCAAGGGACUCAAGGAGUGUCUACCACCUACCGAUACGCGGCUUCGGCCCGAUCAACGUGCGAUGGAAGAUGGCGAGUAUGAUUUGGCUGCCAGUGAGAAACAUCGGGUGGAGGAGAAGCAGCGUGCCAAGCGGAGGGAGAGGGAGACGAAAGGCGAGGAGCGUCGCGCUGCACCCACCAUGCCCGGCGAAUAUACGUGUGGGCGCUGUCUGCAGGUGCUCCGGCGAAGGGCUGCUGCCCAGAACUCCGUGGCUCGCUGGCACCAUGUCACUACUCCAAGGCGAGGGGGUUACGGCAUUCCCGCUUCGUACGUACGGAGCUUGAGCUCGCGGAGCAGUGGUUCCUUUGAGCCCAAACCUCUGCGAGGACCAGUCAGACAGCCUGCCUUGUCCCCAAUUCCGUCGACCUCCCCAAUUGCGUCGCAGAAUAUCGGGUCGGUGGUGCAGAAGGCCACAAAGGCCACAUCCAACGCCUCGCCGGAGGCGCGAGAGCUUUUGAAACCGAACAACCUGUUCCAUUCUUUCUCUCAGUCCCCGGCAGAUACAGUCCGACAACGUGCCGCGUUUAUCAAGCAGAACGCCUUUUGCCCUCACCCCAGCCAUCAACAGACCCGCUUACCUGUUUCCCCCAAUGAUUCAGAGUCGCGCAAGAGUCAGCUUAGCACGGAGAGUCUACCACCGGCUCACUCUCAUUUUGAAUGUCCCGACUGCGGAGUUCCUAUAUACUGCUCAGAGGGCCAUUGGAUGGAUGAUUUCGAGGCUCACUUGGAGGUUUGUGAGACCAUCCGACAGAUCAACGAAGACGACCAUGAUUUACACUCCGGUCGGUUCUUCCCGGAGUUCUCGUACCCCGGGCUGCAGGAUGAUAACUUUGUCAUAAACAUGACGAACUGGGACACAUUCAUGUACACGCGAGAAUUCGAGGCGAUCAAUGAUGAUCGAAGCAUGCGACAAGUGACUAGGAUGCUCACCUACCCACUCACCAUUGGCAGUGUCUUACAUGAGCUGAGCCCUUACAAUGUCCGAAAAGGAGGCAGACUUACCGUGGAGGGUCUUAAAAGUGUCAGCGCGCUCCGGUACACACUGCACCCCCCAAAGACCGGAGAAGGCGUUGAUAUCCAAGGACUACGCCUCAAGGCUCCGCCUGUGCGGAUAUUCAUCCUGGGCGCACGUGCCGAGUCAUCCCUGCCGCGUGAUGUUUGGCUUCAGCUUAGCUACAUUUUCCCACGCUCCCUGAUCCAUCUGAUCUUCAUUGGACCCGAGAGUAUGGCCAACCGAGAUGCCGAAUUCCCACUCCCCGAGCGCACGCCCGAGAAUCCCUUCGGCGGCAUUGUGGAGGACCGACUUGGAGGACAGUUCAAGAUCACGACGUAUGUUGACUACUUUCAUACGAUGUACAAAGCACAGUACUUCCAGCCUUUCGAUCCUUAUCUGGACUGCUUCAUGCUCUUCCAUCCGGGCCUUGGACAUCCGGCCAGCUCCCACGAAUGGGAGGAAACGCUGCCACAGCUUCUGGAGACUAAGGUGCCCAUCAUCACUACGGGUUAUACACAGUGGGACAUGGAGCGAGACAUCAACUGGGUUCAUGAGAAAUGCGCUGGUGAAUUCGACAUUCUGCUGGAGCCUGGGGAGAAUAUCUUCCGCAGUUUACGCUGGGACCUCAAUGAUCUGGAUCCGCAUGACGUGUCCUGUGGUAACUGGGGUCUCUGGGCCUUCCGAGGAAAGAGGUACGAGGCGACCUUCAAAGAUUCGUAG